AUGCACCUAUAUCGCGUUAGAUUUCUUCAACAAAAGCCUCAAAAUAUAUCUGAAUCAAAUUCUCCUGGUGCCGUGCCAGCUUUUAAUGUCGCCGUUCAAUUUACUCGAAAGUUGGGAAAAAAACCGAUUACUCAGCUUUUUGCUGUUCCAGAGCAUACAUUGCUCUUAGUACUGACUGGUGGCCAAUUAUCCGUCUACACACUUCCGAAUUGCCAACUUAUCUCAAACAUUUCUAGCUCAAAGGGAGCCACAUCCUUUGCUUGCCUUUUAAAAAAAAAUGAAGAAGAUAUCCUAGGUAAAAACGACUCUGCGGUUAUAGGGACCUCCACUACCGGCGGUACAAUUGCUUCUCCAACGACGUCACUGGCUUCUGAUAUAUCAUCGCAUAAUAUCCUGCUGCCACGCCCUCAUUUCUACUCAACUAGCCAUUCUUCACGCCUUCCUACCUUAAGUAUCUGUGUUGUCCUCCGACGUAAGCUGAAUCUUUGGCUUUGGGAUCCAGUUGAUAGAAAAUUUGUCAAACCCAACUCCUAUUCGCAACAUUCACCACCCGAUUCUAACGUCCAUGGCUCUAUUAUGUCUCCCUCUUGUAUAGCAGCAGAGUCGUGUUGGCUUACAGAGAUUCAAUUGCCUGAUACGCCUAAGGCUAUCACAUUUCAUGGACCAAAUCAUCUUCUUAUCGGCUUUCGUUCGGAAUACUUCCGAGUUUCUCUAAUUACUGGGGAUGUGAGUUAA